UUCGAGAGCCCCCAAACGCGCCCUCCCCCUCGCUCGCUCUCGCGCGGCCGCGGUGCGCUGCCGUCGCUUGACGCUGCGAUCGCCAGGACCGACGAGAAGGGAGGGCACGCUAACGGCCAUGACAGCUCCCACGACGCAAUUAGCAGGGGUGGGGCAUCCCCGUACCAGCGCCAGCCGCGGCGCUCUAGGCUUCGUUGCAAGCAAACUUGAUUGAAAAGGCGCCCCAAGAUGCUCCGCGCAGGAUCCCCAUGAGACCUCGCCAUGUUGUACUCGGAGGCUGCCCGCCAGCGCGAUCUCCAGCGCUACUAUCAGCCAUGGGUGGAUGCCGCGCAGAACCUCGCCGAGGACUCCGACGGUGAGGAAAAGAACCUCGUGUACCGCGGGUACCGCCCCAAUGCGAGCUGUGACAAGAGCUUGACUGCCUUUGCCCAGCUCAUCGUGCUCCGCUUGAAUGUGAAGCGUGCAAUGGUGUCGCUGAUAGACUCGACGCGACAAUACAUCCUUGCCGAAGCGACACGAAGCCUUUCGCUCUCGGACCAGAGCACCGACUCUGGCGACGACCUCUGGCUCGGGCAUGCCAUCAUCGCGCGCAACGAGGCUGUCUGCCACCAUACGUUUGGCUGCAAGUACACCGCCGUGGCCAGCAAUGGCGAGGCAUACACCACCGAUGCCAUGGUCAUUCCAGACUGCCGCCUCGACAUGCGCGUUUCGGACAAAGAAUAUGUGACAAGCGAGCCUGGCGUCCGGUUCUACGCCGGGGUUCCCAUAACCACCAGAAACGGAUAUCGCAUCGGUGUGUUUGCGGUUUCGGACGACAAGCCGCGCGAUGCUCUGAGUGCUGCCGAGGUCAAGGCCAUGGAAGACAUCUCCGAAGCGGUAAUGGAACACCUUGAGCUGGCCAAGGAAAGUGACGAUCGUAGUAAAGGGGAGCGUAUGGUUAGAGGGCUUACUGCCUUCAUCCAACGGUCGUCAACUGAAGACGCCCGGGGCAGCACCAGCACGCGCCAGACAACUUUGGAAAAGCAGACCGAGAAUGCUCGUCUCGAGGCCAUCGCCGACGAACUACCAACGAACGGUGCAGUAUCUGUCGUCAAAGAACCGCAAUGGCAUCGCAAGCCUCAGCACGAGCAAGGUAAAUCACUUAGUCAUCAUGGUUCACGCACUAAAAACGACAAGUCCCGGAUCUUCCAGCGAGCUGCGCGUAUAAUUCGCCAAUCAACUCGGGCUGAUGGCGUGAUUUUCUUUGACACUUCACAAGCUCAAGGGAGCAUCCCCUCGUUCCAUGAUGCCACGCCGACCGCUAGCAGCGAUGAGUACUCUUCGACCACUGCCGGUUCUACAACAACACACCGGAAGAAGAGGAACCCGAAGGGUUAUACGUCGACGAGAAGCGAAGACAAUGCCGAAGCCGCACCCGGUGAUAGUCAUCCGUGCCCCGUCGUCGCCCUAGCCCUACGGUCUGCCGAGCUAGGUGUGACUGACAAGGACUUCUUGUUCACGGAAGCAAACAUGGAGCGCUACAUUGCCCGCUAUCCCCAGGGCAAAUUCUUCAACUUCGAUGAUCAAGGAUUGGGCAUCAAUUCUAGCGACGAAAAGUCUGAGAAAUCUGAAGCCGAGCAAUCAGACAAGACAGCUUCAUCAACCACGACUGUUCGAAAAGCGCGAACAAGGCAGGACCGGUUCAUCCCUAGUGAGCUACUCCGGGUUCUACCAUCAGUCAGAAGUUUGAUCUUUUUGCCUCUGUGGGAUCCGACGUCGGAAAGGUGGACCGCUUGCUCGUUCAUCUGGACAAUGGCUAAUGGCCGUUUGAUGAACUCAGAAAGCGAAUUCCCGUACCUUAAAGCUUUCGGGAACACCAUCACAAGCGAAAUUGCACGAUGGAGUGCACAGAGAUCAGAUCGAGCUAAGUCGACCUUCAUUGCUUCUAUAUCGCACGAGCUGCGAUCCCCGCUGCAUGGAAUUCUAGGCUCGGUAGAAUUCUUGCGUGACAGUGUAUCCUCUCCCUAUCAGCAGUCGCUCAUCGGUUCUAUCGAGACAUGUGGAAAAACGCUCCUCGAUACUAUUGACCAUGUUCUCGACUACGCAAAGAUAAAUAAGCUAAGAAGCGCGAACGCGAAGCGGAAGCAGAAAGGUGGAAAACGUAGCAGGCUCCCGGCUGACAACUCAAUUCUCGGAGUAACAACGGUCUUCAACCUGUCCCAACUCGUGGAAGAAGUUUGCGACACAGUUUGUGCCGGGCACCAGUUUAGAAAAACCCACGACGUGAAUCACUCCACGUUCCACGAUCAGGGAAUACGCUCGAGGGCGAACAGCAAUGCCAGUGCAGAAGCUGGAGACGCAAGUUACUCGGGUGUCCGCACCGAGGAUCGUGUCGUUGUGACGCUGAGUGUGGCCCCCUUCGUGCAAUGGAUCGUCAAAUCUCAACCGGGAGCUUUACGACGUGUCGUUAUGAACUUGCUCGGAAACGCCCUCAAAUACACCGACGCUGGUUUCAUCACCGUCUCGUUGGCGCAGGUCAAGGAAAAGAGCAACGCACAGUUUGUCGAAUUCGUGAUCACGGUAGAAGACUCGGGGAGAGGGAUGUCGGCCGAAUUCCAAAACACAAGAUUGUUCGCCGCUUUCAGUCAGGAAGAUCCAUUUUCCAAUGGUACCGGUCUGGGUCUCAGCAUCGUAAAGCAGAUUGUAGAUUCGCUCAGGGGCGAGGUAAGUGUUGAAAGUAAGCUUGGCGUUGGAACGAAAAUAUCCGUCACCAUGAAGUUGCCUGCUGGGAAGGCUGAAGAUGCUCGGAUGGAUCAGAUGCUGCUAGAAAAGCCAAAGGCAUUGGAUGGCAAGUCUGCAAGCCUGCUUUUCCCUGAUAUCUCCCUCGGUGGCACGGGGGAGAAACUCCGUUAUGCGAUGUUGAAGGCCUGUCAUAACCUUAACAUUGACGUCUCUGAAACUUUCGAUUCAGACAAGGAACCAACUUUCUUAGUCACCGAACCUGACACGUUGAUGCACAAGCUGCGGGAGAAGAAGUCGAAGGAUUUCUCUCGGCCCGCUCUCGUCGUUGUUUGUGUGUGCACGGAUGCAGCGGAGAAGACUUUUACUGAGAACCACAUCCGUGAAGCAUUCCAAUACAACGGGUGGGUGAUUGAAGUGGUUGCACAGCCCUGUGGUCCACUCCGGUUUACGAAGCUGCUCCUUGAUGGCCUAGAACGCGCUUCGCAACCUGUCGAACACGUCGAGGUCCGCACACAACACGAACAAAACCCGCCGAAGGCCCACGCUCUGUCUGUACAUCUUAUGCCAACUGCCCACCGAAGCAUCAGCGACCUUGGUCGCGGCGGCGAUCAAGUUCCCUCCGCCAUUGCCAGCGCGCAUUCACCCCUCAUCUCAGCAACCAUGCCGACCGAAAGCGAACCACCCUCAAUACAAGGACAGAUUGCAUCCACACCCAAUAGCGAAGGCCAGUCCGAGUACUUCACCCCUCGCAUCCUCCUAGUCGACGACAACGCCAUCAACCUCAAGCUCCUUGUCGUCUUCGCACAGCGUCAAAAUUUCCGUUACGCAGAAGCCGUCAACGGUCUGCAAGCCUUGGAGAAGUACAAGAGCGAGGCCGCCUCGACCACGCCGCCCAGCAAGCCUUUUGACUUCAUCCUCAUGGACUUGAGCAUGCCGGUGAUGGGCGGACUGGAAUCUACCAGGAACAUCAGGCAGUUCGAACAAGAGCAGAAUCUGCCGCCGAGCACCAUUGUGGCGCUGACCGGGCUCGCGAGUGCGCAGGAUCAGCAGGAUGCGAUGGAUUCUGGGAUUGAUAUGUACUUGGUCAAGCCAGUGAAGUUUGGGGACAUCAAGCGUAUUUUCGGGGCCAAAUGAAUUUGGGUCUCGAGCAUACGCAAGUAUCGUUUGGCGCGUUCAGCGAGCAUAUGCAUAGUUCUAGGUGGCGUUUAGCAUGCAUCGUUCUAAUUGGCUCAGUCGGAAUAGUUGUUAGUGGCAGCAUCGGAGACAUGGGUAUUGUUACUACGCGCGCGACUCUAAAUAUUCAAAUGCUGCAUGGGUCUGGAAC